UGCAGGCGUCUUAUUUGUUUGGGGUUCAUUUUGUGCUGAGUUGCAUCACGGCACCGGGUGAAGGAUACGAGCUACCACAGUUUCCAAGUAACGUGGAGCUAACGAUGUAGUUAUACUUAAUCGGAUCUUGCAGUGUUAGGGGCGUCAUAAAAGGUCCAAACCUAUUGUUUACUUAGCGGCUACUGCUCCUUGAAACAAAGGCGAGCGUGAUGUUUAACCCGCACAUUCACCACCACCAACAUCAGCAGCAGCAGCAACAGCAGUUUCACCAGCAUCUACGGCAACUACAACAGCUUUUCCAGCAGCAACCUCCACCUCCGCCACCUCAGCCCUCUGCGGGGCAUCAUGUUCCCCAUCCACCGCGAGCUAUUCCUGUGCCUCCUCAACCUGCACCCCCUCCUAGGAUGGUCAAUUUAUGCCAGACCACUCAAACUACUAUCAUUGCUCCCAACCCCAUGCUUCAGGGGGCCCUCCUGAUGCAGCAGAUGCAGGGUAGUAUGCGAGGAUUUGGAAUGGGUGGACAACAGUUUCGUCAGUUCUUCGCUGCUGGAGCACGUUCUUCUCUGCUUGGCCCAGUCCCCAUGGGUGUGGCCAUCAAAUCCCCCAUGAUGGGAUUCCCACCUGCAAGGCCAGUUUAUCCUCAUGUUCGGUACUAUAACAAUAACAGCAGUGGUGUUCCUGGAUCCUCCUCUGCCAGCUCAAGUGCCACGGAUGCUGUUGCUCGUCAGGCAGAGAAAAAGAGAGACAUUGAGCAGGUUACACAAGAUCUUAGUGAAGACCAGCCAGGCCCUAGCACUGCUACUGAAGCCAACGAAGCUGGCCAUACUGCAAAUCCUAAUGAUUGUGAUGGAUGCUGUACAUUAUCUGAGGAACAACUUGAAGAACCUGUAAUAAAGAAGCAGAAAACACAGGGGUUUGAGGUGAGAAGAGAGGAGACUGUUGUCUGUGUAGCUGAUGCCGAUUGUGAAAUCAUCUCUUCAGACAACGAUAGUCAACCUGAAGAGACUGCUUCUAUUGUGGGUUCAGAGGUUCUUGAAUCAGAAAAUGAAAGCUCAGCAGCAGAGGCCCAAGGCUCUUUAACUGUACCUGAGGAUCCGCAUGUUGAUAUGCCAGUGGUGGAUAUGCCACAGGAAGAAGAUUGUUUACUGACUGCAGAAAGCCACGGGGAGGGAGAAGAGGAUGUGGAAGAGGGUACCAACAAAUUUUACUGCUAUCUUUGCAGUAUCACAUGCCAUAACCAACAAAACUUUAGAAGUCAUAUGAAUAGCAUUUCCCACCAGCAGAGGAUGAUGGAAAUUCAACAUAUGAGCAACGCUUGCCUCGUUACUCUGCUUCCACGAUUACAGGACUCUCUUCAGGGAAACACCAAGGAUGAUGAGAAAAAGGAUGAGUUGAAGCGUUGGUGUGCAACCUGCCAAACACAUUUCACCAGCAGCGUUCUAGAGCACCGCCAAACAAAGGAGCACAAACUUGCUAGAAAAACUGCAAUAUUCUCCUGCACAAUCUGUAAGAAACACUUCAGGUCUUCUCAGAUUUUUAUACAGCACUUGCAGACCAUUGAACACAGAAAAAAAGUGGAAAUGGUCCAGGAAAUUGAAGGCUGUGAAGAACCGACAAAAAUCCCAGAUGGCUUUUUGGUUGAAGAGGAGGGUGCUGUGUCGGAGGAUGAUGAAAAUAUAAAUCUAAGCAGUGCAGAAGAACAAGAUAACUUGGAUAAACAGGAUGGAGGAAUGUCUAAAGAAGUGACCCUGGAGGAUAUGGAUGACAGUGUCCAAUAUGACCCUGAAGUACUCUAUGGUGGAAGUUUUUUUGUUCCAGUUGCUGGGUUUAUCUGCAGACUUUGCAAUAAAUUUUACCAUUUUGAAUCACCAGAGCUGCACUUGCACUGCAAAUCCUCUGAGCACUUUGCAAAACUAAAGAAUUACAAAACUGACCAAAAAUAUGCAGCAAGCAGAAAAUGUGUUGCUGAGGAAGAAUCAAAUACAUGUUCUUCACAUCCCACCUGCGAAUUGAGCUCCAAGCAGCCAUUUGUUUCAGUCUGCCGUAUACAAAUGGAGACAAAUGGGCAGACAGCUGAACCAAACGUGUCUCGUGAAGAUGUCACCAUUUCAACACCUUGCGCCAGCGGCCCAGGCUUAGAACACACCGGGAUGGAGGAGGCAGCUACUUCCCUGACUGUUGGACAUCAGGACAGUAGCGAGACUGUCCCAGCAGUGACCAUAGAGACUGCACCUAGUGUUUCUAAUGAAGGAAAUGUAGAUGAGCAAAAAGGAGUGGUUGGGAAAAAAAAAAAUAAGGCGACCACAACUACAAGGCGGAGGACAGUGAGAGUCUCAAACAGGCGCUAAAUCUAUGAAUCUGGUAAGAGUAACAAAUUAUACAGUAGUUCAUACUGUCUUUAUAAUCAUGUGUGAGAUACAGUGAGUACAAUUGGUAGACUGAUAAAAAUAGAAUUACUGUACAGGGGAGGACAUAAAGUUUACACAGUUGCAAGGCACUGAUGUUGGCCAUUGUGUUGCAUAUUUCAGAUAAUAAUGUUGCUUGAACAUUGUUCCAUGUCCAAGAUUAAAUUUUUUGAAUGCAGAUAAAUCAAGAAAUACAGUGAAAAGUGCAACAGCUGACUUCAGAUUACACUACACUUUUACCCAUUACUCCAGGUACUGAAUGAAAUUAUUUGCAGCUGCUUUAUAUGGGAAGUUUGAUUAUGAAGUGAAAUUACAUUUCUAACAAUGUAGCUGGACUGUAGCGUAUUCAAAAGUAAUAUGUAAUCAGGUAAAUCACUAAGGUACUUCAAAGUAUUAUCAUAAAACAAUUUAAAGUGGAAACACUGAAUCCACUUUUUUGCUACUGAACUGUGUAUAUGGUGUUUUAGUAGCAUUAUCUACUAUUUCUAGUCAUUUUUGGCAACUUUAGUGUAAACAAGAUACAUUUGCAGCUUUCUGGUUAAAUACACCUAAAUCUACAGCAAGUUUGUGCUGACUCCAUUGGCUUUUGCAAUUUUUGGUUGUCAGUGACAUUACAAAAGACUUCCCUAAUUACAGCAGGGGUGUGUGUGCAAGGGUAGGAAUUUGAAGUGUAGAUGUUUGACCAAACACACAGUUUCUUAUAUGUUCAGACUCUGCCCCUCCUCUCCCCUUACGCGCUCCUUUAGUCCUCCAGGUACUGCCCAGUUUAGCAACUCUUAUUUCAAAUGUGGUUGUGAGCAGAGUUUGGGUGUUUAGUUCCACUUAGGGAAUGUACAAUUCCUCAAUUUUGCUGAUAAACACUUUUUUAAUGAUUUAACAUUUGAUGUAGACUUGAAUAUUUGAUGGUUAAAAAAUUAUCCUCUCUUAGGGUGCAGAAAACUUGAAUUUAUAGUUACUUCAAUGGCUAAAACACUUGUUUGAGUUUAGUAUUUUCAGGCAAACGUUGUAGUAUUUUGAGUGUUGAGCUUGAUGCUGUCAUACAUUGGACUAAUGUAUGACCUGCUACCUAACAAGUUUUAUCCUCUGAAACUCAAUUGUAUUGAAAGGCCCUAGCUUGUCUGACCUAUAUUUAGUCAUGAGUGACUGUCACAUGACAUAAGUGGCAAAAGUUGACAGUUUCAGAAGAUGACAUUUAUAUUCUCAGAUGAUGUUGUAUAUUUUUUGUGGUUUUUUGUGUGUGUGUUUUUUUUUUCCAGCUACUGACAAUUUAAAGAUGAGCAAGUUGUAACUUCUUCUUACUUACUUUAUAAAAUGUAAUGUAUUUUUUGAAUGUUAGUUUAAUUGUUUUAAUAAAAUUACAAUUUCCAUACUUAA